AUGGCAUCAUGGUUGUACAUCACUCAAAUAUAUACACUUUAUGCGUUUUUUCCAUUCUGUUGUAUAGGUCUUUUUGGUAGUUUAAUGAAUACAAUAAUACUUUCGACUUCGCGUAUGUAUCGUACUCAGCCAUGCACAUUUUUUCUACUCAUAGCAGCGAUUGCACAAUCUGUGCAGUACUUGACUGCAGGAAUCUCUCGUAUUUCUGCUAUUGGCUAUAAUACAGAUUUGACUCUUCUGUCACCUGCAUGGUGCAAAAUAAGAGCAUAUCUUAUUGAUACCUGUUAUGGUGUGGCACUGACAUGCGAAUGGUUGGCAACGAUUGAUCGUUUUCUGAUGACCUCACGAUCUGCUAAUCUACGACAAUUGAGCAAGAUCAAAUGGGCUUAUUGUAUUGGUGCUGGUGUAGUUGUUUUUUGGACAUUUACAUGUGUACCGGAUCUUAUUUUCACUUAUAUAAGCUCGAACGUUUGUGGCAAUUACAAUGUCAUUUGGGGAACUUACUACACUUAUGUUAAUCAUUGGUUUUUCUAUAUAAUAGUUCCGCUGGUAACUGUCAUUGUAUUCGGUAUACUUGCAUAUCGAAAUAUACGCACUUUAGCAAAUACACGUCAACUACAAGGAGCUGAUCGUCAACUUACUUAUAUGAUUUUCGGACAAAUAAUAUUGAUUAUUAUUUCUGUUCUACCCGACGCUACUUUCCGUGCAUACUCAUCAGCAUCACUUUCUGUGAAUAAAACGGUGGAACAAGCAGGUAUUGAAUAUUUCAUCUUUAAUGUUCUCAAUUCUGUGGCUAAUAUCACAUACGGAAGUGCUUUCUAUGUAUUUCUCAUUGUCUCAAAAACAUUUCGCCAACAAGUCAAAUACUGUUUUUGUUAUUUUUGCAAAAAUCCAAACAAUGUGACACCUGUAAAUACAGAUGUGAUUCCUGGUAGCGCAAACAUUAAAUAA